AUGAAAAGCAAACCAGUUAAGCACAAGUCCACAAAUACUUUCAAGUUCAUACCGUUUGCUGAGCGGAUCAACUCUAUAGAUGUUCGCCAUGCGGCAUUGUAUCACAUAGAACAUGCAUAUACUCAACAACCCGAAGAAAAUGAAACUCAUUUCUAUUUGGCAAUACAAAAGUGGUAUGCUCUCAACCUCACAGAAAAUUUCAAAAAAUUUAGAAAAGAAGUAUUUGGUAUUGUCACUGUGCCUCAGUUGGUACACAAGAAAGAUGUAGUAUUUGAAAUAUUGGAGAAGUAUUUGAAUUUAGAAGAUCAACUAUGUCUUCAACCUCUUUUAGAAAUAUUAGUUUCUUUAGCAAAAGAUUUGCGUGAUGAUUUCUAUCCUCAAUUUCCAAAAUUUCUUGAUAUCCUGAUUAAACUUCUUAAUACAAAAGAUGCAGACAGACUAGAGUGGACAUUGAUAUGUUUAGCAUUCUUGUUUAAAAUAUUGAAACCAUGUAUGAAGAAGGAUAUUGCUGUGGUCCUUAAAAGAAUUAUACCAUUGCUUAGUGAAGCACAUCCACAGUAUAUAAAUAAUUUUGCAGCUGAGAGUUUUGCCUUUGUCGCUAGAGAUAUAAGAGAUAAGAAGAAAUUUUUAGAUCAUGUACUCACAUACCUGAAGACAAAUGAUGAUGCAAUUUCAGGAUGUGGCCACCUCAUGUUUGAAAUAAUCAGAGGAGUUAACGGGAAAUUCCACAGUUGCUUGGACACAUUCCUACCUCUCAUGUUACAAACUCUCAAAGACAAUAAGGAUCACCAGAGUAUACUUUUUAAAGUUCUAACACAGACAAUAGAAGACAGUUUGCAAACUAUAUCACCGAAAGAGUACACAACUUUUUGGUCUAGUGUAUUUAAGUUCAUUGAAGGAAUUUUAAAUGAAAAUGAUGAAGAGAGCAAAGGCUUAGAAUACAUCUUGAGACUUGCAGGACAAGUAAUAGAAUGUAAAAAUGGAAAAUAUUUGACAAAUCCAUCGCAAUUUGUUCUUUUACUUGUAAAAGUUGUUUGUGAACAAGUUUCCGAAAAUGUCUUAGAAGUUUGUGCUCAAAUUGGAGCAUUGCUCCUUCUGUCACCAAAUAUCUCGUUGUCUCAAGAACAGGCUGGUAUUAUUGUGAAAGUAUUGCUGCCUCUACCGUAUCCAAAUAUACUGAUAAAUUUUGUGAAAAACAUUAUAGAUUACCCACAAUUUGAUAUGCAUAUUUUGAAACCGUUUCUGAAUUUCGUAAUACAAUCUGGGUUUGAUAAUGAGGCAAUGUGUACAUUGACGAAAAUAUGUUUGCAUAAAUCACCCUUAUCAAAAAAUGGAAUAAAAUUAUUCGAAUGGGUUAAAUAUCCAAUUGACUUUGGAAAUUCCCUUUCAACCUUUAUGGAAUAUUGUAAUAACGUUUUAAAUGAUGACAUAGAGAAUAUUGUUGAGGAUCCUACCAAAUUGAUGAAUGUAUUGUUUUGUUUGCCUCAUGUUGAAAAUGUUAAUGUUGAUUACUGCAUCGUAACAUUGAGCAAAUUGACAAGUAAAAUCUUAAAUAUUUUGACCAGUUAUAAUAUUGAAGGUCAGCCAGAACAGAAUAAAUAUCAUUGUGAUAACUCUGCAUUAUCAGGAUGUGCUAGACAAGUAUUGUUUAUAUUAGCAAAUGCUUUGGAAAGUGCAGUUCACAUUUCCAGUUGUAAGAGAAUGAAAGAUAUAUGUGAUAUUGAUGCACUGUUACCGGUUGUAUUACCAUGUGCGGUAGAUCCUAAUUACUUGUCAAGUUUACAUUUACUGGACUUAUAUUUGACUGCUUACGAACAAGAGAAUGGGCUAACCUAUCCACAUCUUUCGUUGAUUGAUUCAUACCUAAGAAGUAAUGUGUCAUCUCCAUUUCAUAUUAUUCGUUUGUUGACCACUCAUAUCUACAAACUUUUUGAAGCAGUACCUGAACUGGACAAGACUGUAACGAUAGGUGGUACUGUCGAGAGAUUCUCAAUAUUCAGCAGAUGCUAUGAAGUAGAGUCAACCAACCCCUCCAUUCAAGAAUAUCGAUCACAAAUUAAUAUGCUUCAGAAAAUGGCAUUCAAUACUACACAAUAUACACUUGCAAAAGACACCGAUUACCAUUUGUAUGCACUGAAUUAUAUGCUGGGAGUUUUAUAUUUCAAUUUUAAAUUGUUAUGGGAGCCCGUUUCGGAAUUCAUUGUAGGUUACGGAAAUGCAUUGUCUGCUGACCACUUUUGGCCUCUUUUCUAUAAAAUAAUAAAAUCUUCAUUUGAGAAUGCUAAAAAAGAUUUAAAAAAGUUCCAAUUUGAAAAAGAAUUUCAUAGUUCAUAUGAUUUACUCAACGAACUGUACUGUGAUUACAAUAGCAUAUCAGAAAGACCGGAUUUAUACAAUUACAGAUAUUUAAUAUUAAAAAUCAUGACCAACUGUUCUCAAGUAUGUGAAGCUAAAAAUCGCGAUGUUGUUGUCUUAUUUCUGAAAUUUAUUGACGAAGAAUACAAAAGAAAUGAUAAUGCAAAUGCUCUUAAAAUUGAUGUUGAAAUACGCCAUGAAAACACAGAUAUGGAAGUCGAUAAAAUAGUAAAUGAACAAAUCGAAGAUAAUGAAGAAAUUACUGAUCCUAUAGAAGAUGGUAAAGACACUCCAUCUGGUAAAAUAAUCUUCAAAACUUUAAUAGGUGUGAUGCAGGUUUUAGCACAAUUUAAAAAUCCAAGAGCUCUUCAUAAAGAACCAGAAUUUUGGGAACUUUACAUGGAAUUUUUAAAACAUAAGAAUGCUAGCCUUCAGAAAUAUGCUUUAGAUUGCAUUUUAAAUUAUAAAAACAAAAGUGUGACACCCUAUAAAAGCAAUUUGUAUAAUUUGGUUGAUGAAAAUAAAUUAAAAGAUGAACUAACAAGAUUUAAAAUAACAGAAGACUCUAAAGACCUUCAACCAGAUGACCGAGAGCAUGUGAUUCCUAUAAUAUUGAGGAUUCUUUAUGGGAAAAUGACGGCAAAACUAGGAGCAGAUAAGAAAGGUGGUGGUCAAACAAGGCGGUCACUUGUGAUGAGAUACUUAUCAGGUUGCAAUGAAAAUGAACUUAAAAUGUUUAUCGAAAUGGCUUUUCCACAAUUUCGUCAGAACAUGAAUAUGGAUCCUAGAGAAAUACUUGCUGCCACAUUAGAAAAAUUAGAUUUAAAAUCAAUAACUAGUCCCGGAAAAUUGCACAGUAUUCUGAACUUAUUUGAGAUAGUAAGAGAAUAUUUUGGGGGAUAUAUGAAUGAAGAACUUUUGAGACAAUUGUUUAAAAUAUUUUAUGCUGUAUGUUCUCUAAUAUCGGCAGUUUUGUCACAAGGAAGCAAAGUUCACAUUGGUUAUGUGAAGGUUUUGAAGAACCUUAGAAUAUUAUGUUUGGGAACUUUAAGAAAGUUAUUUGACCAAUUUCAUACAUAUGCCUGGGAUAAAGACGAAUUAUUUGUUUUAUUCGAAACUUUAAUAUGGCCUUUAACACCAAAAUUACAAACUGACGGUAUUCACACCCCAACAGCUUUGUUAAAAUUAUUUAACACAUGGUGCCAAAAUCCAAGAUACUAUGUUUUAUUGACUACAGUAUCUGAAAAUGACCACUCAUUAUGUGUUUUGCCUGCUAUAUUUAAACUACUGUUGGCACCCAAAACCAGUCCUGGUGUGGUAAAUAUGAUUUUAGAUAUGGUGGAAAAGCUUCUAACAUUAACAGAGGACAAUGACAAUGAAGACAAUGAAACAAUACCUAUUGUUUCAUUUAAUACUUUACCUAUUGUAGGUAAUAAGAAUAUUGAAGGUAUAAAAGAAAUUAAUUUUGGAAGUACGAUUCUGAUACCUCAUAUAUCAAGCAUUCUAGAGGUGAUGAAGAGGCGUAUAGCAAAUGCAGCGAAAUCAAACACUGUCAAUAGAAGAGAUUUAUUGAUUUUGUCAAGGGUGACGGAACUAGUUUCUUCUCCUGAAAUGUGUGAUGAGUUGCUCAAUUUACUUUUACCGAUUCUUGUGAAAAAGGUGUGUUUAAACAUGGCCGAAGAUAAUAUGGAACACGCUGUUACCACUAUCAUUAAUUUAUUAGGUCACAGUUCUAAUCCUCAGAUUUAUAUAAAAAAUAUUGCUGUUCUAUUUAAUAAAGUGUCUCCUAUUGAUGUUAGAAAACUUUUGAUAAAACUACUUUCAUCUAUAGCCGAAAGUUCCACUAAAAAUAUAGAACUGUUAACAAGAAUUUCUCAAAUAAUUACUGAAAUGAAUGCUUUCAAUAAGCGGUGGAUUGAACAACCAGAUUUUGAUCGCAGACUAGAUGCAUAUAAACAGAUAUACCAGUUGUCAGAAGAUAAUAAUAUUGACUUAGAUCUUGCUAUAUUGAUAGUGAACAACUGCUUUUAUUUUAUUAGAAUAGAAAAAGAUAUAGGUCUACGUGAUUCAGCAGGGUUAUGUUUAAAACGAAUAUUGCCAAAAUUACUAUCAAAAUAUUGGUCUACACAUGAUGGGCAGUAUUUAGUUCGGGACACGGUUUUAUCUCUUAUUUCAACUGGUAUUAGGGAUACUAAAAAUGAGAUACACAGAAACGAGAGUAUAGCUUUAUUGGGUGAAUUGGCCAGAGAGGCUCCUGACUCAGAUGUAGUUUUGUCAGAUUUAGCUAAUUUGACAAACAAAGAUGAUAUAGAAGUGGACUUCUUUGAAAACAUGUGUCACCUUCAAAUGCAUAGACGCGUGAGAGCGUUGUUGAAGUUCUCCAAAGUGGCAAGAAAGUUGAAUAAAUGUCCUGCUCCUAGGACUCUUACGAAUUUCAUUUUACCUUUGGCAACUAUGUACCUUUGUGAUGACAAAUAUGCAGAUAAAAAUACUUUGAUUGAUGCAUGUAUUGAGGUCGUGUCUACUUGUUACCGAUUGCUACCUUGGUAUCACUACGAGGUCAUUCUGAAGUCUUAUUUGAAUAAAAUGCGUCACACAACCGAACAUCAGAAGCAAUUGACACGUUUAUUAGUGGGAAUAUUAGACGCAUUUCAUUUUGAUUUCACUAAAGUUAAAAGUAUUGAAUUACCAAAAGCUUUAAUACAUAAUAUUGAAUUAGGUAAAAUCGAAAUAAAACCAAAACCUGGUGGAGAUCAUAUUGUAAAUGAGGACACAGAACCAAAAGAAAAUGACGUUACAGACGAAGUACAAGAAAAAGACAAUGCAAACGUUGAAAAUGUAGAAAAUCUGUUGGAUAAUGAAUUAAAAACUGCAGACGAAGAAGCAGAUAACGAUGAUACCCUAAAAGAAGCUUCUGGCGGUCCAGCGUUUGAAAAAGUAACGAGUGUGUCGCCUUCUGUUGCUAAAAGGAUAAUAAAGUCCUUGUCAGCAGGACUUCUGCCUCAGCUUAGCAGAGCAAUUGGUAAAAUGACAGAACAUGAAGAGUCUCAUAAACUAAACAGACGUUCCAAGAGUUUUGAACGUCAAGAAGAAGACAUGAUUCGCAUCCCGAUUGCACUUGCUCUAGUAAAAUUAUUGCAAAGAUUACCGGGUGAUUUACUUCGCUAUCAAUUGCCAGGAAUUAUUAUAAAAUUAUGUUCAUUUUUGAAAUCACCAUUAAAACAAGUGCGUAUUACCGCAAGGGAUAUAGUUAAGAAAAUUAUGAUCACAGUUGGCACUUCAUACUUAGGGAUUCUGUUAGAACACUUAACUUUAUUAUUAACAAGAGGAUUCCAAGUUCACGUAUUAGUGGCUACAAUCCACACAAUUCUUGAUGCUUUAAAAACAGACUUUAAAUCUGGAGAGAUUAAUGAUAAUCUUGAUUUUAUACUGGAUGUUUGUGUCAAUGAUCUCUUUGGUGCACUAUCUGAAGAAAAGGAAGUCGAUAAAAUACAUUAUAAAACACCAGAGGCGAAACCAAGCAAAAAAAGUUAUGUAACCCUGAUGAUAGUGUCUCAAAAUAUAACAGAAAAAUGCUUAAUCAACCUACUACUUCCCUUCAAAGAAGUUUUACAAAAGCAUCACUCGAAAAAGAUAGUGUUAAAAGUACAAGAAGCUUUAAUGCACAUAUCUAGUGGACUCGUUACGAAUAAGUUCAUAGAUAUAGAGUCCUUGUUUAUUUUUCUCCAUGGUAUGGCAUCCGAGAGUAUACCUGAAUUCGUUUUGGGUGCGCCAAAACGAGAAAUAACUGAGAAACAAAAAGAAAAUAUGCUUAGAGCUAAACCUGAUUGCUAUAUUAUACCCGAAACUCCAAAACGUAACAGGGAAGCUCAAGCUAGAAACGUAAAAACUUCUAGCAAAGCUAACGCUCAUGUAUUAGUUGAGUUCAGUUUGAAUAUACUUUAUGUCAUACUGAAAAGAGAGAAAGCUCCAAGAGUCGAUUGCAAAGUAUUUGUAGAUCCACUUAUUCCAUUAUUAGUCGACGCGUUGAAAAGUGAUCAUGUUAAAGUGACGACAGUAGCCAUGAAAUGUAUAACGUCGCUCUGGACAAUAAGAGUUAGUACACCUACGUUAGAAGAUAUGAUACAGGAUAUAGUAAAAACAAUUUUUACGAUACUACACAAGUAUGCAACAUUCGAAAUAAAUACACAGAAUGACAAUUAUCAUCUUGUAAGGAAUGCGUUUAAGGCUGUAACUGUACUUAUAAGGAAUGUAAAAUAUUACAAACUGGAGGUAGACCAACUUAAAACAUUACUGUUGUAUGCCGAAGAAGAUUGCCAGAAUGAUGAUAAACAAUCAAAUUCAUUCUCCCUGUUGAAAGCCAUAUUGGAAGCUAAACUGGUAUCGAAAGAAUUGCAUGAAGUUAUGGCUAAAGUCGCCAGGAUUUCUAUACAGAGUGAAUCGGCUAAAUCUAGGGAAGAAGCUCGUUUGAUAUACGUAAUGUACGUGACCAAUUACCCACUUGGCCCCGAUAUACAAAAGAGCAUAGAUUUCUUCGUCUCCCAACUCAGAUAUGAGAUGCAACACGGCAGAGAAUCUUCACUCAAGUUCUUAGAGAUGAUUAUCAAUAAAUGUCCUGUGCAACAACUGGCUAGCUUCAGUGACUACUUGCUGUUUGCUGUUGGUGCUUGUAUGGUGAAUGAUUCCGCACCGGAGAUUCGCGCGGCUGCCGCUGGUUGUAUAGAAGCUAUGCUUGUUAGAUUGCCCAUUGUGGGUAGAAAUAAACUCUUCGACUUAGUACUUCUGUUCUUCCAAAAGACUCAGCCUUCAAAUUUUGAACUAGCCGCUCAACUUUGUAUUAGAUUCGUAAACGUUGAAAAAGAUGAAUUUCAAAAGCGUAUAUCAAAAGUAUUAAGUAUCAUUAGCACCAAAAUACUUUUACUGAGCAACAACAUAACUACGGGUCGAUUCGUCAAGAUUCAAAUACAAAACGAGGACAUGUCCAACGAAGAAAAACAACAGGAGAAGGACCACUGUUUGAUACAAUUACUAAACUUAAUCGAUAAGAUCACUGUACAUUGCGGUGCAAGUUUGAGAAACAAGACAUAUUUUGAGGAUUACGACAGCAUUGGGCAACAGUGUCAGGCAUUAUUGGCGUAUCCCCACGCGUGGGUAAGACUGAGAGCGGCUAAAAUAUUGUCUGCUCUGUUAUCUGCCGUGGAUCCGGUGGAAUUGGAAAAGGUUGUUAAUAAAGAUUUGGACACCGAUAGGAGUUUCUUUUACUGUGACACGGAGAUGACACUUAGAAGUCUAGUGUUGGAUCUUUGUGCCCAAUUCACGCCUUCAGUUACUAAGGAGAUGGCUGAUCAGGUGACAGAAGUGAUUUUUCAAAUUAUGAAACUGGUACACUCUAUAUCAUGCUUCAAAAUUACAUCUAAAAUUGAUAAUAAACAAAUGGACACCGAAGAGGUGGAAGGACGUGCUAAAGUCAAUAUUAGAUGGAUAUUAUUCAAGUUAAAAAAAGCCGUCAACGUGGAAGUCGCGAAAGUGCCCAAUUCUAUGACGAUUAGAACAUCAAUAUUCACAGCGUGGAUGCACGUGAUCAGCUCGUUGGAACAAGAGGAUCUUUAUAAAGUGAUCGAUGUCAUACUACCGCCAAUAGUUCGCGAGUUGUCCGUCGGCGAUGUGGGGGCGCCAGCGUCGCCUGUCAAACAACUAGCGGGCAGACUAGGAAAGAAAUUGAGAAGGAAGAUAGGUGAUAUAGAAUACAGCAAAUUAGUUGCGGAGGUGCAAACAAAAUUGAAUGUUAAAAGAGCUGAGAGAAAAAAGAUAUUACUUCAAGAAAAAGUUAACAAUCCCGAGAAGGCAGCGAAACGCAAGCUUCUUUUGAAAGAAAAGAAAAGGCAAGCUAAGAAAAUAAAACUAGAAAUGAUGCACGGCAAAAGGCCACGACCUAAGAAACGGAAAGCUGAAGAUGUUGAUAUCGAAGAUCAACUAUUGAAUGAUAACGAUGAAUGA